AAACCGGGACGAUUUCACUCUUUGUUUACCAAGUUUAAGGUGAACAACAUACACCGGUAGAACCAACUAAGCAGAAGUGCUCCAACGCCUGACGAGUUGGAAAAACAUUUGCAGUUGACAGCGCUUGUUAAAUUGCACAGUCAUCUUGCGCUGGUGUUCGAAACUCGCACACCCUUGGAAGCAGCGUAGUCACCGUUUGUGUUUCGGAUUGUGUACAUCGGUAAACGAAAAGCUAAUUCCAUACGGCAGCCAUGGUUGAAACACUGGAGGACAGUUCCAUCUGGGACGAAUCGGAGGCACCGCUGGGCGAGGAGGUACUGCGGAUGCCCACGGAGGAGCUGAUCAACCGUACCCGGCUGAUGGACAAUGAGAUAAAAAUUAUGAAAAGUGAGGUCGUCCGCAACAAUCAUGAGCUGCAGACACAGAACGAGAAGAUUAAGGAUAACACGGCGAAGAUAAAGGUGAACAAAACGCUGCCCUACCUGGUGUCGAACGUCAUCGAGCUGCUGGACGUGGAUCCGCAGGAGGAGGAAGACGAUGGUGCGGUGAUGGUGCUCGAUACGCAGCGGAAGGGCAAAUGUGCCGUCAUUAAGACGUCCACCCGGCAGACGUACUUCCUGCCCGUGAUUGGGCUCGUCGAUUCCGAAACGCUGAAGCCCGGAGAUCUCGUCGGAGUGAACAAAGACUCGUACCUAAUCCUCGACACCCUGCCGGCCGAGUAUGAUGCGCGCGUGAAGGCAAUGGAGGUGGACGAGCGACCGACGGAGCAGUAUUCCGACAUCGGUGGUUUGGACAAGCAGAUCCAGGAGCUGAUUGAAGCGGUCGUGCUGCCGAUGACGCACAAGGACAAAUUCAAGAACCUCGGUAUCCAUCCGCCCAAAGGUGUCCUGCUGUACGGACCUCCCGGAACGGGAAAAACACUGCUCGCUCGUGCCUGUGCGGCCCAAACUAAGUCCACCUUCCUGAAGCUGGCCGGACCGCAGCUCGUGCAGAUGUUCAUCGGCGAUGGCGCUAAGCUGGUGCGGGAUGCGUUUGCGCUGGCGAAGGAAAAAUCGCCCGCCAUUAUCUUCAUCGACGAGCUGGACGCUAUCGGUACAAAGCGAUUCGACUCGGAAAAGGCCGGUGAUCGUGAGGUGCAGCGGACAAUGUUGGAACUUCUCAACCAACUCGACGGAUUCAGUUCCACUGCCGACAUCAAAGUGAUUGCGGCGACCAACCGAGUGGACAUUCUCGAUCCGGCACUGCUGCGCUCGGGUCGCCUGGAUCGGAAGAUCGAGUUCCCGCACCCGAACGAGGAGGCCCGUGCUCGUAUCAUGCAAAUUCACUCCCGCCGGAUGAACGUUAGCCCGGACGUAAACUUUGAGGAGCUGGCUCGCUCGACCGAUGACUUCAACGGCGCACAGUGUAAGGCGGUCUGCGUCGAGGCGGGUAUGAUUGCCCUCCGCCGCUCGGCUGCCUCCGUCACGCACGAGGACUUUAUGGAUGCAAUCAUGGAGGUGCAAUCGAAAAAGAAGGCCAAUCUGAACUACUUCGCUUAGUCGGCGGUUCGCACCACAAGGGUCAGAGGGUAUAUUUUCGGCGUUUUUGAGCGGAUGGGACUGAUCAAUACGUUAAAGAUUCUAAGUAGCACAGGAGAACAUGCCACCUGUUUCUAUAAAUAAUAAUAAAAAAAAUGCAAACCGAAUGGAUU